CCGUUUAAGGAGCCUUUCGUGCGCACGGAGGAUUGCACUGGCGCGUCGGAUGCCACAUGUAAAAGCCAGGACUUACCCUUGCUCAGGGGCAUGGUCGGCCUCCUCCUCUUCGUCGCGGUUCUCAAAACCCUUCCAGCGUAGGUCUGUAUUAGAUCGCCUUUCUGAUGCCAUUUCUUUCACAUCUGGAAUCACUGAGCCACUACCAAUAUGACUAUCCAGAUGAAGAUGGCAACGACCCCAGGCACAACAACACCAUCAGCACCCUCAGCACCAAGUUCGGGCAAUGCUCGUCUGCGAGGUAUCGCCGAAGCCCUUGGCUGUUCCAGGCUGCCUCCACCGCUUCCCAGCAUUGAGACGGCGGCGGCGACGGCCCCCCCGCUACGAGUGGAACCCCGCUGGCGUCCGGAUCCAUGCCCGUUGUCGUGGUGCAAGCACGGGGCAAUGGCCGCCGUCUACCGAGAGCGUCUAGGGUGCUCGUGGUGCGGUCGAGAGUCACCCUUCGGGUGGCUCCAUCACAGUGUCACGGACAAGGACCCUCUCAUUCUCGAGGCGAAGGUCAAGGGCGAUACUAUCGUGGCCGAUGACGUUAUUGGGACCCGGUUCGUUGACUUUAUGUUCCGGGGAGGUUUGAUCCCGAUCGACAGAACAAGGAAGACAGUAUCUUCCAUGAGAUGUUGGCGCAGCAGCUGUUGUCAUACUUGCCGGUAGAACUUGCUAUCCUGUCAUUGCGUUGUGAACAUGUAUAUCGGCCCCUGAUAGACGUUUGUCUCCCUAACAUUAUACUCUGUCUAGGUUCGAAAAGCGAUUGCUGAGAGUCGUAGCCGGGGCCGCUCUCGCUCUGUCCCUCCCACGAGGACGCGAAAUCCCGACGACGUUAGGCCGUGGGUACCCAGCCGGGAAUAGAAGUGUCAGC